AUGACACCAAAUUUCGGAGCCCAGAUUUAUCUGAAAAUCACCGACUUCUGGUCCUGGAGGUGGCAAAUCGACAACCACCAGGACCAUUUCGCUCGUACCAUCCUCACAAUUAUGGUUCCGUUACUGAUAUUUUUAUGGUAUCAGUAUAUGGAAGUGUAUAUUAGAAAGGGCAAGACUCUCUUGCCACCAGGCCCUUAUGGCUUGCCAGUCGUAGGGUACUUGCCCUUCCUGACCUUUAACUUACACGAAAGAUUCACUGAGAUGAGUCAUAGAUACGGACCCAUCUCUAGUUUGAGGCUCGGAAGUAAGCUUCAUGUUGUGGUGAACUCUGUGGAGCUAGCCAAGGUCGUGACUCGUGACCUGGACAAGACAUUUGCUAACCGUAGUCCGCCGUUCACGGCCCUGACCCUUAGUUAUGGCAUGCUCGAUGUUGUGUGGUCCAACAACAACGCACACUGGCGUAAGAUGCGUAAACUUAUGGUGAGCCAAGUGUUGAGCAACGCGAAUCUUGACGCUUGUGCGGGUUUUCGGACAAAUGAAGUUAGAAAAGUGGUGAGAGACGUUUACGGUAGGAUCGGGAAGAGGAUAGAUAUAAACAAAGUGGCUUUCGAUGCCGAGCUUAAUGUUGUAACGGGGAUGUUAUGGGGUUGUAGCGAAGAGAAUCAUUCGAGUUAUAUUGGAAAUGGGUUUCGAGAAGUUGAAUUCAAGAUUCUCGAGUUAUUGGGAGCACCAAAUAUCUCGGAUUUUAUCCCGAUGUUAUCGUGGUUCGAUCUGCAGGGCAGGCAGCGAGAAAUGCAGAAGCAAACGGAACAUCUUGAUCGAGUCUUUGAUAAGAUCAUCCGCGGAAGAAUCAAUGGCGGGUCUAGAAAAGUGGAGGAAGAUGGAAGGAAGGAUUUUGUGCAGAUCUUGUUAGAGCUUAAAGAUAAAAAAGAUGGUCCGAUAUCGGUUAACAUCGAUCAAAUAAAGGCCAUACUAUCGGAUAUUUUAACUGCGGCAACAGAUACAACUGCAACGAUGGUAGAAUGGGUGAUGACAGAGAUUUUGCAUCACCCAGAGGUAAAGACAAAAAUUCAACAAGAACUAACAGACGUUUUUGGUAUGAAGAUUGUUGAAGAGUGUCAUCUUUCCAAAUUGACGUAUUUGGAUGCGGUGAUCAAGGAGACAUUUAGGAUCCACCCUCCACUUCCGCUCCUCAUCCAGAGAUGCGCAAAUGAAUCUUGCACGGUGGGUGGAUACAUGAUUCCCAAGGGAACGAUCGUGCACAUUAAUGUUUGGGCGAUCCAUCGGGAUCCAAGAAACUGGUUGGAUCCACUGCAGUUCAAGCCAGAAAGAUUCUUGAAAGGCAAAUGGGAUUACAACAGAAAUAAUCUAAAGUUUUUGCCGUUUGGAGUUGGGAGAAGAAUAUGCCCCGGAGUCCCGCUAGGGGAGAAGAUGUUGGUGUAUAUAUUAGCAUCGCUCUUGCAUUCUUUUGAGUGGAGGUUGCCGGAAGAUGAAGAUUCUGGAGUUUUUGAUGAGUUUCGGUUUGUGAUGAAGAAAAGGAAACCACUGAUUGCUAUACCAUCUAAACGGUUAUCUGAUGCAAGCCUCUAUCUAUGA